UGUAUCGCGUUGUUAGCACAUUUUAUAACAUAAUGUUUAAUAAUGGAAAAAUAAACACAUUAACUUAAAUCGGUGAGGAAAAAAGAGGCAGUCUGCGGACCCUGAGAGCUAACCGCGGCCAUGACGACAAGGACUGUGACAGGGGAGGGAUAUGCUCAGCCGCUAUGGGUGGGGCGAGGUUGUAAAAACAUUCGUAUGUAUUCUUGAUUAUUUUAAAGCUGAAAAAAAGGCUACUAGCAACCUUCUACCAGUAAUGAAAUCCUUCAUGGGAAAGUUUUGGUUUCAAAAGUAUAGGUUAGGUUUUCGUCUUUGAAAUGUAUCCACUUUCAUGUAUUAUAUUAUGAUAUCUGUGGGAAAGAACACUUCAUAAGAGACAUCUUCAAAGACAGCGUCAAGUAGACCGUUACAAAGAAAGAGAGUCUCCGGCAAGAAAGGCGGCUUCAAAGUGAUGAGGGGAGGGAACAUCAUGGAAUGCUGUGAUGUCAUCAGCGCAGUCACACACACACAAAGACAAGGAGGCUCUCAGCUUACUUAGCAUACUCUGGUGUGGAGCAGCUGUCUACAUCCUGCUCAUCAGGACUUCACUGGUUUCCAAUCUUGAGCUUCCUUUCCCUCCAAGUGUGUUGUUGGCUGUGCGGAAGCCAUUGUUUGCCUCCAUGCUGUGAUUUUGGGGGUUGUCCAUUUUAGUGCUCUUCUUAAAAACGCUGCCGAUGAUGACAGGAAACUGAUGUCUCAUCGCGUGGGAGAAGCCGUCAGCAGAGAAGAAUCAGCCUGUCUUCUCAAGUACGAGGAUGUGCACCGGACUUAAUUUGUGAUCCAAAGGAGCAUCCUUCAAGAGGAUUUUGGCACAUUAAAGACGAUGAUAUGAGAGCGUGAAACUAUAAGUCCACUGUCUGGAAGGAGAAACUACCUCCCUGCACCUCCUCAGCCUGGUCCACUGUCCGAGUCGCUCCGAGCUGCCAUCACCAUGCUGCAGCAGAUCCUGAACGACAUGUACAUCGAGCCCGAUGUGCUGGAGGCUCUCAAUGACGACCAGAAAAAGACUCUGUUUCUAAAGAUGCGCCAGGAGCAGGUGCGACGCUGGAACGAACGCGAGGAGAAACUGGAGAAGGAAGGCAGGGAUGCAGAUUAUAAGCCAACAAAGCCAAAAAAAGCCAACAGCAAGAAUGUCAGCUGGCUGCCUGGCCGCGAUGGAGAUGACGUGGCUGUCAUUGUGAUCGGGGAAGUGGACGAGCUGACUUCCAAAUUCAUCUGCUCAGGACUAGGAGAAAAGAAGGCUCCCAGUGCACAAUACAACACAAUAAACCAAACAAUUUUGAAGAGCAGAAUAAACGCAGGAGUCCCGACUGAGAGAGAAAACGUCCCUCCUCAGACACACGCUGGAAUAUCUCUUAAUUUAAAGCAGGGGAAAUGUGAGGAGAAGAGCACUUUACUCCCUCUGCCGCAAGAGGAGAAGUCAGCAAGUGAGGCCGAGGAGAAUCCCCAGCUCUCUGUCAACCCCAAGCUUCCCAAGAGAUCCAACGCCAUUGUGCGGCCGGCGUCCACAAACGUGGCGCCGGGCCCCGUCAACACAAGACCCAGGGUCACAAAUAUGAGGCAGGCCAGCUCGGCGCCAACUCCUCCACUCCCCAGCGACGUCGUCAAAGCGGACUGUGGGACAACGUCAGCCUCCAAAGGGGCCUUGCAGUCACAGGGCCCUGCCAAGAUUAAGGAGCCCCAGCAAGCCAAAGUGGCUACAUUCGAUCUGCCUGGCAGGGCGACCUCCGUGAAGGUGGGCUUAUCAGCCAGCACGGCGCCCGGCGCGGGGCGGGGAAGAGUGGCCCAGCUGAUGAAAACCUUCAGCAUCGAUAACGUUCUGACGCCCCCGCACAGCCCCUCGCGUGGCAUCAAACCCCCCCUCCCUAGCAAGCCAAGCCACUUGAACGUCGCCAGCAGUCCUUCUGUCAGGUAAUCCAGGCGCUGAACUCCGAAGAUUCCCAAAGAGGAGCAAAAGGCACUAGACGAAGGACAGUGGAAGGAGCCCAGUGACGACUGUUGCUACGUUGCUGUCACUCUAAAAGCACAACCAUGGAAAUGCUUGAAUGCGUUAUCUUUUUAUUGACUUACGCAACAGUACUGUAAACGUUCUCACUGCAAAGAUACAUUUGGAUUUGCCGACCAAUGACAAUCACGUAUUUACUUCCUGUUGAUGCUUCUCAUUUGAUGUUAGCAUUUGUUCGUGUGUUGUUGUUUUUUUCAUAUCCUGAGACAAAGCUUAGGUCAGUUGAUAUAAGGUACUGAAGGAUCCUUCUUUAAAAAAUGGUGUUUCACAUGACCUUGCCUCAGUGCGACGUGUUGAGGACCAUUGAUGUUGCCAAAUAUUUCCGCGCGUCUCCCCCAGUGGAUCAAACCGAGGAAGUUUUGAUGGUCAUUACCAUAUAAACAAGUGUGAUCAGUGUUAUGUCUCAGUAGCGUAUUUACAGACGUGUACAUUGUUGUUGUUUUUUUUUUACUUGUUUUUACAUUUUCUAUAGGGAGAUUUAUUUAUAUAUAUAUAUAUAUAUAUAUAUAUAUAUAUAAUAUAUAUAUAUAUAUAUAUAUAAAAUAUAUAUAUAAGGAGCAGUUUACAGUGUGUACAAAUUUAUGGCACAUUGGAUGUCAAACUUGUGUGUUUGGAUCAGAAGCAAUAAAAAGAUGUAUUUAAAAGUGCAAAUAUCUCCACUGGACAUGAUUCUGAAUAUUAAAGACACGAUAUGUAACAUUUUUUUUUUUUUUUUAAUUUGUUAAUUGGGUUUUAGA